UUGCUGUAUGUUGUUUGACAUGCAGUACAAUAUUUAACAAUAAAUUAGAAUAGUGCAUAUUGCAAAUAAUGGACAGUUUUUUAAAAGGAAAGAAACCUGAAUUUCUUCAAGAAAAUAUGAUGGAUCAUUUGCAGUUAGACUUUGAUCUUGUGGGUAGUCAAGACUUUCAUUGCAGCCAGUUAGACCCCAGUCUGAAUGAUGAUUUUUUUAUUGAUGAUGUUUUCUCACUAAAUUGUGAUUUAAAUCACGAUGUAAGUAACAGCAGUCUGGAUAACUUGAGUCUCUCUCAAAGCUCUUCCUCCUUUCCCUACCAAUACUCUCCUGGAUCUGGAAGUAUUGAUAGUGGCGUGUCAAAUUCUGUUGAUUUGUCAUUACCAGAUUCUCCACAGCAACUCUCUCCGAAUUCUAUUGAUCAAAAUUAUAAGGAAUCUUGUCAUUCAAAAACUAAUCCAGAGUAUAAUGAGAAUAUUUUCUCUGGAAAUAAUUUAUUAUUUCAAAAAGAACUGCUUGAUAAAUAUAUACAAGAACAAGUUACUCAAGCUUUAUAUCAGCAACAAAUCAAACAAAUGCAACAACAGAAUCUUAACCAAAACAUGUUAAUAAUGCAGUCUAAAGCUUUACAGGAAGAUACCAUGAAACAGGCAGUUCAACUGCAUCAAGUCCAGCAGCAGUUAUUUAUGCAUCAUAAGGAUAUUAAUUAUCAUAAUCAGCAGCAACAGCUUCCACAACAGUUGCAACAAGUUUCACCUCCACCACCUGUAGUUACUAGUGUCAAAAGUGAGAGUCAACUCAUCAAAAUGUUAACAAACAAAAAAAAUAAUUUUGUUAAUGCAUUGCAUCUAAAAAAAGACAAAGUUCAAAAAAAUAAUAAAUCUCCUUGUAACAAACCCAAUAAACAGAAGCAAUCAUUCUCUGUAUCCGCUGAAAACAAUGUUGUUGUUGAACCAGAUUCGAAAUCUGCUCUCACUAUGUUACUAAUGCAAAAGCCACAACCUAAACAUUCUUUAACGCCUACUUUUUCAAAUCAUUCUGAUAUUGGAGCCUUGUCUGGUAAACAUUUGGAAAAAGUAGUUCCUCUUUCUACUCAGUUUACAAAUAUAGACAAACCUGCUGACAAAAUACCAAUUAAACGCUUAAAUCCAGAUUCCCCUGAUUCUGCCCAUAUGCUAAAAGUUAAAGCACCUGCUGCAAAAAAAACAAGAGUUGAACAUGUUGUUAUUGAGAAACGAUAUAGGAUGAAAAUUACUGAUUCAUUAAAUGAGUUAAAAAAAUUACUACCUUGCAGUGAAGAAUCAAAGGCUACAAAAAAUGGUAUUUUACAGUCAUCCAUUGAUGAGCUUUUACGACUUCAAAAGGAAAAUAAUGCAUUAAAGCGAAAAAAUGAAAAAUUGAUGACUCUUUUUAAUGAAUUACGUAAAGUUGGCAUCAUACCAAAUACAUCAGUCUCAACAUCUAGCAGUGAAUCUAAUGUUUCUGUUAUAAAUCAAAUUCAAAAUAAAAAAAAUGAAACCGAAAUCAUUGACCCUGAAAUUAAUCAAGAUCAUUAUGCUUCUCCACUUUUAAGACAGAGUGCAAGAGAUGGAGCAAAGUUUGUCACCUGCAUGUUUAUGUUUAGUUUCUUGUUUAUUAGUCCAUGGAAGCUUUUUUAUGAAAAUGAUCAUGUUUCUAUUGAUGGUACUCAAUUUUCAUCACGCCACCUUUUGAAUGUUCAGGAACAGGAAACAUCUGCAAAGUAUUCAUUAGUUUCUAGCCUGUUUAACAUUAUUUUGUCAUUGUUUAUAUUAAUGCUUUUGUUGUUGAGUGGUAAGCCAAAGUGUCCAAAAAGUGUUAAAAGAGCACAAUGCUUUCGAAGUCAAUUGCUUAAGGCGCAGAAAAAAAUUAAUAAGCAUGACUAUGAAGAUGCUAGAGGUUUUAUUCGAAUUGGAUUAUUUGUUAUUGGCAACAGUUGCCCAAAAACUACGUAUGGAAUGUUAGCAAGUUUUACAUGGAAAUGUUUGUGUCAUAUGUUGUAUCAACUUGGGAUUCUUACAAUUUUAGAGACCAUAGGUCGAUCUUUAUUACCAGUUUAUAUUUCUGGUGCUAAAGAGAAGGAACAUGAACAGUUUACUUCGAGACUUUCAGCUGAAGCUUAUAUUAAACUUCAUGAAAUAGCAAUGAAAGAUAAAAGCAGUUCAUAUUUAGAAGUUGCAUGUUAUAUUAUGAAUGCAAUAUAUGCCGCAGAAGGGUCUGGUGAUGAGGAGUUAUUAUGUACUACAUACACAACAGCGGUGAUACAUAUGAGGGAAAAAGUUCGUUGGUUUUCUUAUCUACUUCAGUAUUACUUUAUUGGCUGUGCACAUCACGUUUCAUUAGCUAGUAAAAGUGAACAUGUUUUUGCAGUUGAUUGGAUUUUUGAAAGUCGUGGUUAUGGUUUUUUCACAAGUAGUUUGUGGAAUAUUAAUCAACCUACUUUGUUAAAUAAUGUUGAAGAUAAUGUAGAAGUUGAUGAAGCAAAUCUUCUUCAGUUAGUAUAUGCACAGUUUCAAGAAUUUCUGCUUACAAAGGCAUUGAAAAGAAUUGUUUUACCUGUAACUUGGUACCCAAAUGAAGGAAAAAUUGAACUUCAUCAAAGAGCACUUUCAUUUUUAGAAGAUUUAGGUGUUGGUCCUGUAAGUGAACAAAUGGAUUCUGCUUACAUUCAUUUGACAUCUUUUUAUGCAUGGUGGGGAUCAUUGUUUAAACAAUAUUUGUUAAUAAAAAAAUCAGGUAUUAUUGAUCAAGAUGAGUUAAAUAAACAAGUUGAAUCCUUCAAUGAAAUUAUAAAUCCAGAAAAAAACCAACUUGUGACAAUGUGCAAAUCUGUGUUUCAAUCUUUUAUAAAUGUUACUGAGUUCCAGACUAAAAAGCUGAGUUCUUUAAAUAUUGAACAAGAAGCAUAUAAAAUAGCUGCUAUGUUGGAAAAUGCACACAAGGAAAUUGUUUCCAAUAUUGAAAUUUUGCCCAAAUCUGAUAAAUCUACAAUAGAGGAGCUUUUAAUAAUUUGGUGUUCUGAUCUGAUUGCCAAAGCAACAUAUCUUUUAUGGGAAGUUGCUCCUGUUCAGAAAUCAUUCCAGGAGUUACAUUUACUUCUUUGCAACAGCAGUUUUAUGAAUUCUCUUUCUAAAAAAUACCCAGAACUUAUAUCAACUCUUCAGCGCCAUGAUUUUGAAAUGCAUGUCAUGUCAGGCUCUUGUCGAUCUACAUUAUUACGUCAAUUGAAGAAAAGCCAGCAGUUGUUUUCAGUUAGUCGAAAAAUCGAUAUAAACAAUGCUUCAUAUCUUUCAAGUAACAAUAUUUUUCCUCUUAAGCAAGAUGGGUUUUUGAGCUAAAGAACUGUUUGACAAUUAUUUUCAAAAAAAUACAAAAAGUUUUCAAAAAAGAUACAUAUACAUAUAUUAACACACACGUUUUUAUAUUAGUGAGUGAAAUGGUUGAAAAAAAAUUCAAAAACA